AUGGCAAUGAACGCAAAUACCGGCAUACUCCCUGGUGAUGGCUCGUUGACGACCCCAAUAUGUACAGGCUGUCAUCACGCUAUCCUGGACGAGUUUGUGUCGAGAGUCCAAGGCAGGUCAUGGCAUUCUCGGUGCCUCAGGUGCUCUGUAUGCCACGAAUACCUCACUCACACGUGCUAUGCUGAGGGACGUCACUUAUAUUGCCACGAACACUUUUUCAGCAGGUUACUUGGUGCGAAGUGCGCUGGGUGUGGAGGAGCUAUACAGUCAACGGAACAUGUCCGGCGCGUCCACGCCAAUAUAUAUCACCUGUCGUGUUUCACCUGUGUUAUAUGUGAGAUGAGCUUGGAGACUGGGGAGGAGUUUUACCUGCGAGAUGACGGGGGCCUUAUCUGUAGUCAUGACAACAACAACAAGGACGCAGGUCACGGAUUUAGGGGUAUGAAUGAAAGAAGAUCACGAACAACGCUAACAGCCCGUCAGACGGAAGUACUCAACAACAGUUUCCGGUCAUGCUCAAAGCCUUCCCGGCAGAUGCGAGAGCACCUGAGUACCGAAACCGAUCUUGAUGAGAGAGUUAUCCAAGUCUGGUUCCAGAACAAGCGGGCAAAGUCCAAGAGAGAUCCAGAUAAUUCCCCUGAGUCAUCCAUGGUUUUAAAACAUCCCCAACGACUGGAUUUCGACUCCACUGAGGCUGCAGCGCCUAUGGGCAAAGGUUCUGAAGACGCCGGAGUUUCACAUGAUGUGCCCUAUACCGUUCCCUGUGCGCCCCAGCAAGCCUCUUUCUCUGACUUCUCGUGGGGAGCCGAAUUUUGGGAUGCGCAUUUUCCGUCAAGUUUCGACUUAACCGAUGGCGAUGUUUGUUCCAGUGAUAGUGCGUGGGGAGGCUGUGAUCAGAUGAUGAAUUGUAGACAUUGAUACAUUAAAAUUGAUUUUGAAAACAA